AUGGACGUCAAAAACAUCGAAAAGGGGGAGAACACGGAGAACAUUCCUCAGAAAGCCAGCAUUCAACUGAGCAAUCUGGAUCUUCUAUCUCAAAUAUAUAUGCCAGGAGUCAGCAAUCGAGCAACGGAUCCGGGGAUGCACGUGCCAGGCAGUCUUCCAAGACAAUGGAACGCCGAAGACGGCAUCGCAGAUCUUUCCAGUAAUAGAUCUCAGCAGGGUGUGACGGGAGGAUUGUGGGAUGCUAUCAAGGAGUUUCUGUGUACGAUCAAGGGGUACAACAUACAGCUUUUGAGAUUGUACUGGAAGGCGGUGAAGCCUGUCUUUGAUUACAGUUCCCCGUACUGGAGAGCUACAGAUCGAGACAGCGAUGGCUGGACAGAUUUGGCGAUAUGGGGUAUGGAGUUAACGGCAAUCACAAUGAAGUGCAGGGAAGAGGACUGGGAUUGCUUGGUUGACGAGGCACUGGCGAUGUUUCGGCGGAGCUUGACCGGAGUCUACAUGGACGACUAG